GCGAGCCACCCAAACGGAGGGAGCUCGCCCUUCCUUCCCCGCGCCGAAAUGCUGGCCGCCACCGCCGCCUGCCGCGCGCCGGCGCGGCCGCUCCCCGCCGCGCGUCCCGGCAGCAGCUACCUCCUCGGGCGUGUCCUUCUCCCCAAAUGGAGAGCGCCGGCGGCGAGGAGGAGGGGACGGAGCGCGGCGGUGCGGUGCGGGCUGCUCCCCGUGGACCCGUGGGCGCCCGGCGUGGACUCCCAGAGCAUCGCGUCGCAGCUCUUCGCCGUGUCGCUGUUCCCCUACCUGGGGUUCCUCUACUUCAUGACCCGGUCCAAGACGGCGCCGGGGCUCACGCUCUUCGGCUUCUACUUCCUCCUCGCCUUCGUCGGCGCCACCAUACCUGCUGGGAUAUAUGCCAAAGUUCAUUACGGGACCUCGCUGUCUAAUGUGGACUUGCUGCACGGGACGGCAGAAUCGCUUCUCACCCUCACCAAUCUGUUCAUCGUGCUUGGGCUGAGGGGAGCCUUGAGGAACUUGGACAAAGCAGAGGAGAGCAGUCCUGAAGCUCCCCAGGACAGCAAGGAGAAGAGUUCAGUAUAGGUACUCUCAUCAGUUACCCCACAUGGUGCUUGUAAAUUGUUGGAAACCUCUGGUUUUUUGGUGUGUGUAGUGAUGACAUUGUACUGUAGUGACUAGUGAGUGUACAUUUCUGUUGCUCAACUAGCUUAUGAAGCCCCUGCUGCUGUAAUAAACUGCACAGAUUUGUUUUGUGCAUGUGCUAAUCCAUAAUAAAUUGGAGUUAUGGAGCCGCUGCUCUUCAGAGUUUUUGUA